UUUUCUUGUAGAUUUGGCUUUCUCUAGGGUUUAUAUAAAUUUGUAGAUGAUAUAUUCAGAUUAGUUCAGGUUUGACGUUUAGUUAAAAGUGAUUUGAAAAUGGUGACGACAAUUUAUUUAAUAUGUAUUUCUUCUCUGAUCGUAUCAGAAAUCACUGCAAGGCCAGAGGCAGCCUUGCCAUACUUCUAUAACAAUCCCACAGACUUAAGAGCCAACAAUGUUCCGAACUUCGGUAAUUUUCAACCAUCGGCUGCUGUAAGUCAACAUUACCUGCCAUCGGAAAACUUUAAAAGUCAACAACAAACUUUCAGCAAUGUACCUAUAGACUCAUAUGGUGUUCCAGUGGCCAGUACUUUUGGACAGUUACAAAGUACUAAUAUCUUACCGAAUAGAAAUUAUGGUACUCCAGAUCUGCAUCUCUCUGGCCAAUCACCCGUUGGUGCAAUCAGAAAUCAGCCAACGCCAUUGGUAAAUGUACAGAAACAUAUCUACGUUCACGUACCACCACCAGAUGUUGAAGAGGAAAGAAUUCAGAGACUUCAACAACAAAAUUUAAGACAAAAACACUACAAAAUUAUCUUCGUCAAAGUGCCUUCAUACCCGUCUACAGCCCAAUACCUAGCGCAACAACAAGCUCUUCAAGAAGAAAAAACCCUGAUCUACGUCCUCGUAAAAAAACCGGAAGAUUUAGAAGAAAUUAGGGCCAACCAGAUUUCAAGCACACCAGUGAACAAACCGGAAGUCUAUUUUAUCAAAUACCGGGCAAAGGCUCAACAAAACAGAGGACAAAUCAGUGAAAAUCAAGGAAAUACUUUUCAGAAGCAAAGCGACGACUCUGUGGUGGUUGACAGUGCCGAUAAAGGGCAACAGACCAAUUUCCUUGGUCAAGGAGGGGGAUAUAAUUACAACAGACCAUCUGCAAUACUAAAAUAGUAUUAAUCACACACAUUAUUAUUUUAUUAUCAUUAUCUCUAAGACUCUGUAUUAGUCUUCAGUUUAUUUUUGUAUGUAUAUUUUAUUUUUUUAUUAAAUACAUCUAGCAUA